GCGCGCUGGACGGGUUUGAAUUAGCGGCUUUCACGUUCGAAGGAGUCCGAGCGUCGGAUCCGGUCGGUGCGAAAAGGAAGGAAGGAAAGAAGAGAGAGGGAGGAGGGAGAGGGAGAGAGAGAGAGAGAGAGCGAUCUUGCGGAGCGGGCCGGAUUAAAAGAAAAUGGCAGUGAACGUUUAUUCUACAUCUGUGACCAGUGACAAUCUAAGUCGGCAUGAGAUGCUGGCUUGGAUUAACGAUUCUCUUCAAUUGAGCUACACGAAGAUUGAACAGCUGUGUUCAGGUACAGCAUAUUGUCAGUUUAUGGACAUGCUUUUCCCUGGUUGUGUUGGACUGAAGAAAGUGAAAUUUCAAGCCAAAUUGGAACAUGAAUAUAUCCACAAUUUCAAGCUUUUGCAAGCAGCCUUUAAGAGAAUGGGGGUCGACAAGAUUAUCCCUGUUGAUAAACUAGUAAAAGGGAAAUUUCAAGACAAUUUUGAGUUUGUUCAAUGGUUCAAGAAAUUCUUUGACGCAAACUACGAUGGGAAAGAUUAUGAUCCCAUACUUGCCCGGCAAGGUCAGGAUGCAGGUCCACCACCCAAUCAUGGUGACCAAGGUUUUAAUAAACCUAAGAAAGCACUCAGUGCAGGAACCACAGAUGACAGUCUAAAUACUACAACACCAGAGAGGAAGACUCUGAAAUCAACAUUCUCUAUAACAAAUGUAACAAGAUCGAAUAUUGUUACUCAAAAAGUUCAUCCAACACAAAAAGUUGCGACUACUCCAAAACCUGUGUCCAGUGUACCUAAAAGACCUGCAAUGGUGGGAAAUGGAGAUGCACAAGUUGCAGAACUAGCUCAACAGAUCAAUGUACUAAAAAUUACAGUUGAAGACCUUGAAAAGGAAAGAGACUUUUAUUUUGGGAAACUGAGAAAUAUUGAAUUAAUCUGCCAAGAAAAUGAACAAGAUAACGAUCCAGUGAUCCAGCGGAUUGUGGAGAUUUUGUAUGCAACAGACGAGGGAUUUGCUGUGCCAGAUGUAGCAGAUGAACAACCUGAAGAACAAGAAGAGUAUUAAACUUAUUACUUGGAUGCAGCAUACCCAUGAUUGGAAUAUCUUGUCAAAAAUCAUGUGUGCAUGUGCACAUCCACAAAGGAAAAGACACUCUUAUUUUCUGUAAAGUCAAAAGAGCUUUGUUUUGUUAGUGUAAGCAAAAUUAAAAUGUACCUCCUUUCUAAAUAAGUGCACUUUGCAGAAGUUUCAGUCCAUAUUUAACAAUGAUUGCUUCUACACGUUUACAUCUGAGCAGUAUUUGCAGGUGUGGAAGUGGAAAUUCUUGAAGGUCCUUCAGAGUGCUAUUGUAACACCUUGAUGCUUUUGCCACCACUAAAAGCAGACAUGCUCUUGGACAGUGUUAAACAGGUUGAUGAUAGAAUGAUCACUGCAUGAUAAUGACUGUAAAUUGCACUGUAAUGGAAAGUGUAUAGAAUGGUUCAGAUCUUUAUACAUUAUCAGUUGAAUGUUGAUAGUUAUAGCGUGUCCCAAAAUAUGUUGUGUGUAUGUGGCAAGCCAGUUCAUUUGAUGUGCAAGAAAUGAGUUGGCUAUAAAUACCUUGCAUGAACUUUGUAUGGUGAAAUUGACAUUGGAUCAACUGCAGGAAAUCGUUGUGGUGCCAAAAGUUCCCACUACCCAUUGUGGUUGUAACUACAGCGGUAAAAUAUUUCCUGAAUUCUUCUGUGGCCUUUAUUCCUUUUACUGCCCUAAGAUUUCAGUAUGCUGUAAGAAAAAUCAAACUUGGUCUUAAAACUACAGGGUGUUUUUCUACUCAAAUCAAUUUCUACUAACAAUAAAGUUUCAUAUUUCAACAAAAUUGUCUUGGAAAUGUUGGUACAUUUAUAAUUUUUAAAAUAUUCUGAUUAAAUAUAGAACAUUGCUAAAGAAUAGUUUAUUGCUAAUUUAAUUUGAUCAGUUGUAAUAUUUAAAGCUAAUCACUGCAUUUGUUCUGAUGUUGAUAGUUUAUUCACUAAAGAUUAGAACCAGAAAGGAGGUUAAUUGGGCUACAUUAUGGAAAUAUGAUUUUUCUCUGCCUCUAUUUCCUUCCUAGUUGGAAAUUUGUCCAUUAUUUUAGUGUUACAAAUAAAAUACCCAUCUUUUGUAUAUUGAAAAUUAUUAAAAACCAAUCUAAGAUG